AUGAACUUUAUGAAUACUCAUUCACAAUUUAACUUUUCAAGAAAAUCCAUGCCCAGACCAUUGAUAUCUAGACAGCUUACAAGGGAAAAGAGUUAACCAAACUUUAAUCCAAUAACUCCAUCAACCAAAUUUCGCAUUUCCACUACUAAUUAACAAUUGAAUCGAGAGAAGAUUUAAAAAGCUAAUGGCAAUUAUUUUAGUUAGCAUGAUGAUACAAGUGGAAGUACUAAGAUGUCAAAAGCACAUACUUAAUCUAUAUUGAAAAAACAUGAAAUAGAAUUUAAGUAGUCUUUAUUUAAUCAAGAAGACAGAGAAGAAGAACUGUAAUUUACAUUACUUUGUUAAACUCUUGAAAAGCUAUUGUGA